AUGCUAGCAGAAGCCCAAAGAGCCAGCGCUUUACAGCAAAUAGAAACAAGGAUUAACCAUGAAAAGCUGUUUAAAGCCAAAGAGAAAGAACUAGUUAGCAUUAGGGACUCUUUUACCUGGCUGAUGAAAGGAAAUGACCAGGCUAGAUCUGGAGCAAUUUAUUGUUUCAAACAGGAUAGAAAUAUAUUUUGUGGACAGAAGGGACAGUGUUCAAACUGUGAUUCUCAUAGGAAGACUGUAGAACAUUUAGCUACCAAGUGUGAUUAA